GCUUUAGGCCGAGAGCCCAGGGAGCUGCCCCGCUGGCCUGGAGCGGCUGUCUGUCGCUCCACCUCCACACGCAUGCGCCCACCUGUCCAUGCAGCUGAGGCCUGACCCCGAACCUCCCUGCAGAGCGAGGAGGGGCUAGAACAUGCUCUGGAGGCCUCGGCGACAGACCCAGCGCGCCGUGAGCUGAGCCCACACUCAGAAGCCACCCCGCCCGCCUGCCCACCAUGGCCUCCGCAGACAAGAAUGGCGAGAGCGUCUCCUCUGUGUCCGGCAGCCGCCUGCAGAGCCGGAAGCCGCCCAACCUGUCCAUCACCAUCCCGCCGCCCGAGACCGCGGCCCCUGAUGAGCACACCAGCAUGCUGCCCCAGAGGCCCAGGAACCCCACCUUCCUGAAGAGCGUCAGCCUGCAGGAGCCCCGGGGACGAUGGCACGAGGGCUCCGAGAAGCGCCCCGGCUUCCGCCGCCAGGCCUCCCUGUCUCAGAGCAUCCGCAAGGGCACCGCGCAGUGGUUCGGGGUCAGCGGCGACUGGGAGCUGGAGCGGCAGCACUGGCAGCGCCGGAGCCUGCACCACUGCAGCGUGCGCUACGGCCGCCUCAAGGCCUCGUGCCAGCGCGACCUGGAGCUCCCCAGCCAGGACGUGCCUUCCUUCCAGGACAGCGAGUCUCCGAAGCCCUGCAAGAUGCCCAAGAUUGUGGACCCGCUGGCCCGAGGCCGGGCCUUCCGCCACCCGGACGAGGUGGACCGGCCCCACGCCCCACACCCACCGCUGACCCCCGGGGUCCUGUCGCUCACCUCCUUCACCAGCGUCCGCUCUGGCCACCUGCCCCGCCGGAAGAGGAUGUCUGUGGCCCACAUGAGUUUUCAAGCGGCCUCUGCCCUCCUCAAGGGGCGCUCGGUGCUGGAUGCCGCUGGGCCGCGGUGCCGGGUGGUCAAGCGCAGCUUCGCCUACCCCAGCUUCCUGGAGGAGGAUGCAGUUGACGGGGCAGACACAUUUGACUCCUCGUUUUUUAAAAUGAGCUCCAUGCCCGACGACGUGUUUGAGUCUCCCCCACUCUCCGCCAGCUGCUUCCGGGCGAUUCCGCGCUCGGCCUCCCCCGUCUCCCCCGACGGGGUGCAGGUCUCUCUGAGGGAGUACGGCCGCACCCCGGUGCCCGUGGCCAAGCGCGGCAAGCGCAUCGCCUCCAAGGUGAAGCACUUUGCCUUCGACCGGCAGAAGCGACACUACGGCCUGGGCGUGGUGGGCAGCUGGCUGAACCGCCGCUACCGCCGCAGCAUCAGCAGCACGGUGCAGCGGCAGCUGGAGAGCUUCGACAGCCACCGGCCCUACUUCACCUACUGGCUGACGUUCGUCCACAUCAUCAUCACGCUGCUGGUGAUCUGCACGUACGGCAUCGCGCCCGUGGGCUUCGCCCAGCACGUCACCACCCAGCUGGUGCUCAGGAACAAAGGUGUGUACGAGAGCGUGAAGUACCUGCAGCAGGAGAACUUCUGGAUCGGCCCCAGCUCGAUUGACUUGAUCCACCUGGGAGCCAAGUUCUCGCCCUGCAUCCGGAAGGACCAGCAGAUCGAGCAGCUGGUGUUGCGGGAGCGAGACCUGGAGCGGGACUCAGGCUGCUGUGUCCAGAAUGACCACUCGGGCUGCAUCCAGACCCAGCGGAAGGACUGCUCGGAGACUUUGGCUACUUUUGUGAAGUGGCAGGAUGACACGGGGCCCCCCGUGGACAAGUCCGAUCUGGACCAGAAGCGGACGUCAGGCGCCGUGUGCCACCAGGACCCCAGGACCUGCGAGGAGCCAGCCUCCAGUGGUGCCCACAUCUGGCCUGAUGACAUUACCAAGUGGCCAAUCUGCACGGAGCAGGCCAGGAGCAACCGCACGGGCUUCCUGCACAUCGACUGCCAGAUCCGCGGCCGCCCCUGCUGCAUCGGCACCAAGGGCAGCUGUGAGAUCACCACUCGGGAGUACUGUGAGUUCAUGCACGGCUAUUUCCACGAGGAGGCGACGCUCUGCUCGCAGGUGCACUGCUUGGACAAGGUGUGCGGGCUGCUGCCCUUUCUCAACCCCGAGGUCCCGGACCAGUUCUACAGGCUCUGGCUGUCUCUGUUCCUCCACGCCGGGUAAGGCGCCGAGAUGCCCACCUGCGGAACCCUGCGGUGGCCGCCCACC